AUGAAAAUCCUCGUGGUAUUUCUGGUGCUGGCCAUCUUUGGGACACAAUCCCAUGGAAACGAGGUUUAUAACAUCAUCAGCCCAAACAACAAUGGUGGCAAUCUUCAGGAGACGGUGUCAAUUGACAAUCAAAAAAAUAUCGCCAUCGUUAACGUUCACGCAGGAUCAUGCUCCUCUACCACAAUUUUUGACUAUAAACAUGGCUACAUCGCCUCCAGGGUGCUGUCCCGAAGAGCCUGCUACAUCCUGAAGAUGAACCAUAAGGCCAUCCCCUCCCUGGACCAGCUAAAACGGUACAUCUACGAGAAACAGGCCAUGCAAAGCUUGUUCUCCGAUAAGUACUUCUGGGUCAAGUACAACCCGCUGCAGUCCCUGAUCAUGCACAUAGACUGGUUCCUGUUCGGCUCGCCCAUCAAGGAGCUGUGCAGUAACGUCCCCCUGUACAAGGGGGAGGUGUUCGAGAAGCCGCAUAAUGUCGGUACUGGCACCUGUUCAAAAGUCGGAUUCCUGGGCAUCUUUGGACUCUCCAUCUGCGCAGACGUGGAUGCGUAGGCAUCGGCCCACUGGCGUUGCCUUUUCCCAGACCCCUCCCCUUGGUUUCCACUCAGCAGCCACGUUAAGUUCUUUCCCAAUGCCCCAACUAAUGUUGAGACCUGGCGGUGAAUCAUAAAUCCUAUAUCGACAGAUGUCCGGGUGUUUCCUUUUUUUCAAACAGCAAAGGGAAACCAAACAGUGUUGACGUCAACACGUAGAGGGAAAGAAUCUGCCAGGAUUUCAGGCCCAGAGCAUAGAGUGUGAAGCCUCCUGGAUAACAAAUCUGAGUCAUUACAUGGGGGUCAGCUGGGUCCAAGUGUCCGUCUUGCCUCCACCAGACCAGAGGCCCCUCUGUCCACCAAGAGCGGGGAGCUUCAGGGUUCUCUUACCCUGAGGAGUACUGAGAAAUGUCUAGAAUUGUUGAAUCAUUAUAUUGUGCCCCUGAAGCUAAUAUAACACUGUAUGUUAAUUAGACUUG